AAUUACUCUCCAAGUUCGUUCAUUCCAUCUGCUAGUAGUAUUUCAACUACCGAACUUCACUUCCAACCUCCAUUCCCAAGCCACCUUCCCUCUUGAACUCAUUCUCGGUCGGGUACUCUGUUACUCCCUCACUUUCAGAUAAUUCACCAUGUUCCGCUCCGCUGUCGUCCGCUCCCUCCGGGCCUCUGUGCCUCGUGCCGUCAAGACUUCGGCUCCCUUCCAGAUCCGUAGCUCUCCUGUCGCUCGCCCGGCUCAAUUCGCCCCUCGCUUUGCCUACCAGGGUGUCCGUCUCUACUCCGCUCCUGCCGGUCUGAACAAGGAGGAGGUUGAGGGCCGCAUAGUCAACCUGUUGAAGAACUUUGACAAGGUCUCCGAUGCCAGCAAGAUCAACAGCGCCUCUCACUUCACAAACGACCUCGGUCUGGACAGCUUGGAUACCGUUGAGGUUGUCAUGGCCAUCGAGGAGGAGUUCAGCAUUGAGAUCCCCGACAAGGAGGCCGAUGCCAUCCACAGCGUCGACAAGGCUGUUGAGUACAUCCUUGCCCAGCCCGAUGCCCACUAAAUACGCGCGUAAUGAGGAACCGGGAAGUUGUUGGAGGAUUAGAAUAGAAGAAAUGGAAAGGGGAUGAUGGCGUGCAUCUACAGGGAACUCGCCACUGCGGAGGAUCCGGGUAGCUGGGGAUGCUACCCUGUAUGCUGAUACAUGCCUGUGCUCUUUCAUACUCUACUAUAUCGUGUAUAUCACCUUUGGGAAUGCCGUUCUGACUCAUUUGG